AAAACUGUAGUAGUUUCCAAAGUGCCAGUGGAUUUCAUACUGCCACCUGUUUUGUGAAUAGAGCAGGAGAUUCCCAUCAGACAUAGUGAUUUUGACUUGCACGUACAUACCCCAUGUUUGCACCUUUGUUAGUAAUGAGAUAGCUGGUCAUGUGAUAUCACUAUGGCGGUGCUCAUGAGGGGGAACCCGCUCCAUGUAGAAUAUAAUAGCUUUUUCUUCUAGCUUUUUAGUUUUUCUAAAAGACUGAUAUGUCUGGAGACCUCAUUUCAUGUGAAUUUACAUAAUUUUAAUGACAGUUUACUGUAUAAGGAAAACUAUUUUAUUGGGGCAAAAACCCCGAUUGGUGCACCUUUAAGAGAGUAAAGCGCGCGACGCCCCUCUGAAACGUCUCGGUAAACUUGGAAAAGGGCUUUUCUCAUUACCUCGAGGGAUUGAGAUGGCCAUGCCAACGGACUGUAUAUAUAAAGGAGAACAGCAUGAACAUGCUUAUGCUCAGCCGUGGACGGAAAGCGAGCGGACCUCUGACGUUUCAGUGCAACCUUUACGCAAAGACGCUCUUCUUUUUAAGGACUCCUGUCUCCUCAAGUGGAUUGCUGUAUUAGAAAAUAGUGUUUCAUUUUCGAAAUUAAGAAAACGUAUACCAUACACAUCCAUUUUGCAAUUAUAUAUGUGUUUGUUUCUGAAUUGUUAGAGUGCGCAAAUUCUUUGUCGUUUAGUAUACAAAACACCUUGUCUUGGACUUUAAAGAAGCUCCCUAGUGAUGAUUUUAUGAACUUUUCCGGAACGUUUUGUUUCCUCAAUGUCAGCCCUAAACGCUGUCAUGGAAUCGUUUGUGUCUUCAGUCACCGAGUCCACCGACAUCACCACACCGGACGAUCCGUUCACGGGUCCCAUCAAGUCUAUUGCGCCCUGGAAUUACACUUUCCUCGCCUGUCUGAUGUUCAUAGUGACUUCACUGUCUUUAACAGAGAACUUCACCGUUAUGCUCGUGACGUUUAAAUACAAACAGUUAAGGAAGCCGUUGAAUUACAUAAUUGUUAAUUUAUCUGUUGCUGAUUUUCUAGUUUCACUGACAGGAGGCGUUAUAAGUUUUUUAACUAAUGCACGAGGUUACUUCUUCCUGGGUGCCUGGGCGUGUGUGCUGGAGGGAUUCGCCGUCACUUUUUUCGGGAUUGUGGCUCUGUGGUCUUUAGCAAUCUUGGCAUUCGAGCGUUUUUUUGUGAUCUGUCGUCCUCUGAAAAAUGUCCGGCUGGGAGGCAAGCAUGCAGCUAUGGGUCUUAUUUUUGUUUGGACCUUCUCUUUUAUCUGGACAAUCCCGCCAGUUCUGGGUUGGAACAGUUACACAGUCAGCAAAAUUGGCACUACCUGUGAACCCAACUGGUACUCAACUGAUUACUAUGACCACACCUACAUCAUCACCUUUUUCACUACAUGUUUUAUCCUUCCUCUUGGCGUGAUCAUUAUCUCCUAUGGCAAACUUAUGCAGAAGCUCAGAAAGGUAUCGAACACUCAUGGAAGGCUGGGUAGUGCGCGCAAGCCUGACCGAGAGGUGGCGAGAAUGGUCGUCGUAAUGAUAGUUGCAUACAUGGUUGGAUGGACGCCUUAUGCCGCAUUUUCAAUUAUUGUCACAGCGUGUCCCACAAUUCAUAUUGAUCCUCGCCUGGGCUCAAUACCAGCCUUCUUCUCAAAGACUGCAGCUGUAUACAAUCCCAUCAUCUAUGUCUUCAUGAAUAAGCAGUUCAGGAAGUGUCUGAUCCAAAUGUUUGGAGGAAAUGUCACCAGUCUUGAUUCCACCCAUGUGAACCAGACAUCAGACAAAGGGGCCAUCACUGCCACAGCAGAUAGUCAAAUUGGAGAGAUGUCCACCAUUGCUGCUCGUGUGCCCAUGUCCAUGUGCAACAUCGAGAAGAGUGAGGAUGAAGAAGAGGAGCCGGAGCCGGAGCAGAGUGAGAAUGGAGGUCCAAAGCAGCUCCCUUUAUCGGAUAGUCGACUAUGUCCUUUGUAGAGAAGGAUUAGUCUGAUUGAAUAAAUGUACACCUUUAUAGUUUCCAUCCAGUAGUCUAACUUGUUGUCCAACUAAAGCAUAAAUCCUGCAGUCAUUACUUCUAUUGGAAUGCAUAUGUUAGAAUGUAUGGUUUGUGAUUUCAUAUGUUCUUUGUUGUUGUUUGUAUUUCUUUAUGUUGUGGCAAUUUGCAGUCUUGGCAUAUCUGUUCUUGACAGUAUCACAUAAUUAUCUAAUAUGAAGAAGGCAAGCAAUACAUUCCUCUGAGCAAAAGCUAUUUGUUUUUUGGAUCUGUGCAUACUCUCCUCUCACUAUAUUGCUGAUUGCACAUUAGUAUCAGUGCAGAUGUUGUGUUUUUUUUUAAUGGCAAUUGUAACGAAAGGCCAUAAUAUUGCAAUAACUUUCAGUUUCAGAGUUGCUAAAGUAGAUUUUAUAUUAAAAUUAAGACUAUAUUGACUCAUUUAAUAAUGAAAUAACUGUUGCUGCUCUCCCCGGUACAGGGGUGUCCAAUCCUGCUCCUGGAGGGCCACUAUCCUGCAAAGUUUAGCUCCAACCCCAGUUAAACACAUCUGGACCAACUAAUCAAGGUCUUACUAGGCAUACUAGAAACUUCCAGGCAGGUGUGUUGAGGCUUGGACACCCCUGGUCUAGUGCAUGUUUACAUAAAAACCCAAUUAAAAAUGAGUAUAUACACCUCAGCAUCUAAUAUACUGCUGUAAUUGAUAUCAUAAUUAAUUUAGUGAACUAACAAGUUAGACAUGACUGGUUUGGCAGCGUAUCUGUAGUAAUAAACCAUGUAAUUAAUGUCCCUCAUCUCACGGAAAUGAGAUCCUUGUCUGUUGCAUUUUGCAAUCUUGUUUUGAGAGGUUUCAUGAAGAAAGAAUGUUUAUUAUAAAUUGUAUUUAUUUAGUAGCCUAUACUGUAUACUUUGAUAUAUGACUGCUUGUGAGUUUGAGUGAACAGUCUGAAUGUCUUAUUAUUAGUCCAUAAUGUUUUGUUUCUGUCCAAAGUGAAAAUUGAUAUUGAUGUUUGUCUGUGGCAUGCCAAUGAAUGUUUUACUUAUGUAUUUGUCAAUGUCAUGGAUUAUAAAAAAUCAUGUUUCUUAUUUUUAAAACUUGUCAGCAUUGUAGCACAUAAUAAAACAA